AUGGACUCUGAAAAGGAGCUGGACUGGAUUACCCGCGUCAAUUCUUUGAGCAUCCAGCCGCUGGGCUCUCGUUCUCGCUCAAACUCUGCAUCUGACUCUGCUUCAAACGCUGCAGCUGCUGCUACGGCCGCUUCAAAUGUCGCUGCUGCUCUCGAGGGUAAAAUCCCUCCUACCGUGGCUGAAGAACCUUCCUCGGUCCCGGUAACAUCCGGGACAUCUACCCCUCCGACUAGAACCAAAGCACCCGCAACAACAGCAACAGCAACAGCAACAGCAACAGCAACAGCAAAAACAACGACAACAUCAUCAUCUUCUUCUUCUUCUUCAAAUGUACAAAGUUGGAUAUCAGAACCAAAGCAAGAACCCUUAUCUCUACGAAGAACUAAUACAAACACAGGAAACUCAGACUCUAGUAUGGGCUUUUCGCUCCAAAAAAUUAAGUCCACACCUACAUUUGGUUCUUCGUAUGACCGUAUCAACUCUCAACAAUCCUCUUCAAAACGCUCAUGGUUCUCAAAGUUUAAACGCCACGACCCACCACCGGCUCCUCUUCCUUCUGCUAACCACGUUUCCCCACAUUUGCCGCCUGAAUCUGACCAUCAUCAUCAUUUUUUCCGACGUACUUCUACUGCUCCAACUUCCUCGGGACAUAUCUCACCACAGGUCACCACUGGUGAUUCUUUUUCUUCUUCUCCUUCUUCAUCUUCUGCUAAUGUUAGCCGCGUUCAUCGGGCCUCAGUUGCCUCCACAGCAAGCUCUGCAAGCUCCGUAAGCUCCGUCAACUCACAACACACUAGUGACCUAAACCCAUUUAAUGCCUCUAUUGGUGUCCCGUGUAAACCAACAAUCUCUCCAACUGUCGUUAGUGGGAACUUGACUGCUUCUCCUUCUCUUUCUCCUCUCCCAAACCAACAACAAUUUGGUUCUUCUAACAAUAUAAACACCACUAAUGGGAAAUCUGUACCAACAUCUGCAACGACCUCAUCCCCCUCUUCAACUACUCAACAAUCUUCCUCUAAACCUUAUUCAUCCUCUGCGGGCCAAUCAAACUCCAUUUGGUCUUCUCAAUAUGCUUCAGAUUCAAACUCUCCAUAUAGUUCCUCGGGACAUGAUGCUUCAAGAGAAUCAUCCAUUUCUCCUAUUGAUUCAGCCUCCUCUGCUACUUCUGGACAAAAACAAAGCGGAUUUCUUAUUAAUACUCUACGCAAGUUUAAAAGUCCCCCCUCAAGUCCAGCGCCGCCCGAUGAAGAACACGACCCUUCUUUACCGCCUCGCAAGGUUUUCAGAAAUCGCUCACGCCACAAUUUGUCUACAAGCUCUUCGUUAACAAGUACAAGCAGCAACAACUCUUAUCACUGCCAGUCCAUCUCAUUGCAAUCAGCCACAAACCACGUCCAUCCUGAACUUGAUGAAAUCCCUCUUGUUCGUGUCAACUUUGCACUUGAUACUUUUGAUCACGACCCACCACAACAAAUUCCUUCCCGUAAACCUAAGCAAGGUAGCGUGACCGUUAACGAGGAUACGGGUCAGAUUAUCCGACCACAUCAUGCUCUUGAUGCUGCAAAUCCUAAUGCCUACAACCAUGCCGCUAUCAUGGCCAAAACUUCUGCGUACAACUCUGCUGUCAUUGUGGCCAAUAGUGUACGUGCCGAUACUCGCAGAAGUGUUGCUGUUAACCGAAUGUCGUUCAGCUCGGGGAAAAAACCUUCUAUUGAUAAGCAGUCUUCAGUUAAUCACCUUGCUUCUACUAUCGGUUCUUCACCAAUUAUGGAAAAUGAUAUGAGCGAUGAGCAAAUGGCUUCCUGUAUUGUUGACAAGGGAUUUGGCAGUCAGGUUAUGAGUAUUGAUAAACCUUUGAAUAAAAAGACUGAAUUCCCUGGAAGCAGCAAUAAGGACGAGGAAGACGAUGGCGAAGACGAUGAAGCUAAAGAAGAAGAAAGAAAAAAAUCUCUUACAUUGGCAGAAAUUUACACUAGAUGCUGUCAUUUGCGCGAGAUUCUUCCCAUCCAAGCCACACUGCGUCAACUUGAUGGUAAAAAUGCACCCAUUGCUACGCUUCAACUAAUGAACCCACGUCCUACCAUGAUUGAAGUACUUGCAUUUGCAGACUUUUUGGCUGUAGCCCCCAUCACUGCUCUUAUUUUUGACAAUGUUGACUUGACUGAGGAAAUGUUUAAACAAAUUAUUCUUUCUCUCAUCAAGGCUGAAAAUCUUUUUAAACUUUCACUCCGCAAUGUUAACCUUACCCCCAACAACUGGAAGCUUCUUUGUACAUUUUUGGCUCACAACAACUACAUUAUUAAGCUUGACUUGUCACUCAAGUUCCCCGAGCCUGGUAAAAAGAAAAUUAAGUACAAGCAAUCGGUUUACACCCCACGUGAAAGCCUUGACUGGAAUUUACUUACUGAUAGUCUUAUUUGCCGUGGUGGCCUCGAGGAACUUAACAUUAACAGUUGCUUUGUACCUCACAAACAGUUCCGCAGACUUAUUUUGGAGGGCUGCGCUGUUGGAACAAAACGUCUUGGAGUUAGUUGCAGUGACCUUGAAGAAGAAGAUAUUAAGGUUCUUAAUGAAUGGAUUUCUAGCGAGAAAACUACAUGCCAAGGUAUUGAUCUUAGUGGGAAUUUGCUCAUCUCUCAGCACCCUGAUUUUAUCAAGGCCCUCUAUGAAAACCCCCACUUGCUUUACCUUUCCAUCAACUCUUGCAACCUUAAUGAUCCUGUUAGCCUUAGCCAUGUCUUAUCUGAAUCUUCCCACAACUCAAAGUUGCGUUUUCUCGAUGCUUCUUACAACCCCAAGCUUUUCCCACAACUUUCCGCUGCACUUUUCCGAGUUUUGCCUAAUAUGACUGAGCUUGUGCGCAUCUACCUCGAUUACAAUAAUCUCUCAUCUAACGAUAUCAUUUUGCUUGCCGAUGCUAUCCCCAAAUGCAAAUCUUUGGUUCAUAUUUCACUUACUGGUAACACCGAUAUUAACAAUGCCGCUGCUGAAGCACUCGCAGUGGCUGUUAAACUUUCCGAUACUGUCACUCUUGUUAAUGUCGACCCCAAUAUUUUACCUGUGUCUAUUGCACGCCGCAUGACGCAUUACUGCAUGCAAAAUAUGGAAGACCUUGUUGAUGUUAAACAAAAGGAAGUGGAGAAUGAUGAAAAGUAUAACUUUGAAGGUGAAGCCGAACUGCUUGAUGAUGGUACAGAGCUUGUUAAUGCCGUCAAAUAUGUGGUCAAGGCCAACCAAGGAGAAACUACUCUUCCUAAAGGAACUUCUGCUGAAAAUGAUGGUGAUUAUGUUUCCGCAGCUGUUAUUGCCGAUGCUGCUGCUAAAGCUUCAAAUUUGGAGCCUAUUGCACACUUGCUUGCUGCUGAUGGCCUUGCUAAGCGUGCAAAGCGUGUCCGCGAAAAAGUUCAACUGCGUUUGCGUUAUCUUAUCGAGAACUACAAGCUGCGCGAGAUGCCAGACAGUGUACGCGACAAGCUUAUUCGCUUAUGGUAUCUUGAUAAGACAUUGGAGGGUGUUGUUGAGAAUUAUGAAAAGUCUAGCGCUCAGUAUAGACCUGAAGAAGAGGCUGAACAACAAAGUGAACAAAGUUCUAUCCAAGAUAAUAAUGACUCUGAAAUAUCUAAGAUUCUUCAAGAAAAGAAUAUUGAAGUGAGUGAUGACAGAAGUGAAAUUAGUGUGCUUAUUGGAGAUAAUGAGUCAACCAACAUCUCCAAGUUUCAGUCGCCAUUUAACUUUGCUGUCAGCAGUCAUUUGCACACAAGAGAAGGCGAAAACAAAAAGGAUAAUUCCAAGUCCAAGCCUUCUGUUGGCCAGGAGGAUUCCAUUUUCGAUGUUGAGAGUGAUUCUGAUAGCUCUGAGACUGAAACUGAAGACAAUGGCGAAAAGAAGAGAAGAAAGUCACAUCUUAGCGAAAGUGAAAAGCAGCAGAUUCUCAACAAAGGCCCCAAGUUUAACAGUACAAUUUCGCCAGUUGUUGGUGCCGUUGAUGCUCCUUCUCUUUACCGCGAGUGCUCUCCAUUAGAUGGUGAUGAAAGCUAUCCUAUUGGUGAGGGGGAGAGUAAAGAUGACUAUGGUGUUUGUGUUCUUCCAAGACCACGUUCUUCUUCGACCUCAGUACAUGCUCGUGCCCAAGAACGUGAAGAAGGUAAUUUCCACAAGAUGGGUAUUAUGUUACGUCGUAAGCAAUUGCUUUCCGGAGAGCCUGGUGAAACCAAUCAACAGGAAUUGUCAUCUGAUGAUACACUUUCCGUGCCAGGAGGUGAAAAUGAUAACGAACCUGUUACUAAAGUUUCGCCCGCACGUCGCGAUACAGUAUUGUAUGAUGAAGCUAUUGCUGCUGCUGCUGCUGCAAAGAACCGUGUGCCUGGUGGUGAUGAUACUGAUAAUGUCCAGCCUGGUGGACUUGUAUCAAAUGCGAUUAAUUUAACGGGCCAUGAGUUACGGAAAGUAUAUCACUAUGAGCUUGCCAACAAUUCUAAUAGCAUUGAAGAAGUGCUUAACAAGGUUAAGCAAAUGUCGCCAACUGAUUUCGAAAAAUAUUUUUUGAAUAUUGAUCGCAUGGUGAUGGAGCAGGAAAAGAGCAAGGCGGCAGCAGUAAUUGCUCAAGCUGCUGCUAAAGCUGCUGGGAAAAGGGCAAAUAAUUCAGGUUCGUUGUCUUCGGCAUCAUCAUCAUCAUCUUCUUCUUCUUCUUCUUCUUAG